AUGUCUUCGAAAAAGAGUCUCGAAGAUUAUAUGCAUGUUGAAGGAGAUGAUGAAGCAGCAGCUGCACUCAAUUUUCCACCAACUGAGAUUCUUAGAAAGUCAACAGACAAAUAUGUUGAAGCAGAUCAAGAGAAAAUUUACACCUUUUUAUAUCCUUGCGAUGUUCCACGCCGUGAUUAUCAAUUCCAAAUCUCACAGUUAUGCUUUAAAUACAACACACUCGUAUGUUUACCAACAGGUUCAGGUAAAACAUUCAUUGCUGCUGUUGUUAUCAUGAAUUUUUACCGAUGGUAUCCAAAUUCUAUCAUCAUCUUCUGCGCCACUACACGUGCUCUUGUUGAACAGCAGAUAGACGCAUGCAAUAUGUUCACAACAAUUCCAGAUAGCGAUACAAUAGCAUUACUCGGAACUACGCACUCCAACAUUCGAAAGGAUUUAUGGAAAACCUACAGAGUUGUUUAUGCCACCCCUCAAACCGUACAAAACGACAUAAAAAAAGGAAGAUUAGAUCCAUGUCGUAUUUCUCUUAUCAUAUUCGAUGAAGCCCAUCAUGCAAGACACAGACAUGCAUAUAGCAUGAUUACACGUAUGGUUGCCGAGCGAAAUUCCCAAUUUCGCAUUAUCGGAUUAUCUGCCACUCCUGGCAAAGACAUAGAAAGCAUACAAUCGGUUGUUUACAAUCUGAUGAUAUCCAAAAUCAUAUACAAAGAUUCCAAUGACCCAGAUAUCAAACAAUACCAGCAUAAUACAGAUAUCGAAAUUAUUACUGUAAAAGCCGGCGGAGAUGAAGACGCAUUGACUAAGUUAAUGGACCAGUCCAUCGCGUACAUUGCAACUCCACUUCAAAAAGCUGGUUUUUUGAAUGUAUCUGAUGUCCAUUUUUUAUCUCGAGGCGCAGUUUACGCGAACAUGGAGAAAUUCAAGAGCGGACCUCGCAGUGGACUUUUCUUUAAGUAUAUGAACCAUUUUUCACUUCUUUUAUCUCUUACUUCGAUGAAAGAAAAAUUGCAAAAAUAUGGUCCGACAUUUCUUGACAAAGCACUCAAAGAAUUUGACAAAAAGAAGCAAACGGCUGAGCGAAAGAGUUUGAUGUCGUAUCCCCCUUUUAUUUCUCUGAUCAAAAUGACAAGUAACGCGAAGAAUACAUCGCAUCCUAAACUUGUCAAAUUAACAUUGAUUCUUGAAGAUUUCUUUGCAAAAAAUUCUGAAUCUCGAUGUAUUGUUUUUACGAAUUUCAGAGAUGUUGCGAAAGAUCUUGAAUCACAUAUAAAACAGAUACCAAAUGUGAAGUGUUCUGUGUUUACAGGAAAAGCAGUUACUAAUACUGAUGAAGGAUUGAAUGAAAAAGUACAGCAAGCAAUUGUUGGUUUAUUUAGAAAAGGAAAUAUUAAUCUUAUAAUUGCUACUUGUGUUGCUGAAGAAGGUUUGGAUAUCGGUGAAGUUGAUUUGAUUAUUUGUUAUGAUACUCAGUCAAGUCCAUUGAGAACUGUUCAAAGAAUGGGAAGAACAGGUAGAAAAAGGGCUGGACACGUAAUUUUUUUAAUGACAGAAGGAAUUGAAGAAAAAGCUUUGAAUAGAGCGGUUAACAAAUCAAACGAUAUCAAAAAUUUGUUAACAAAUAACUUAUCAAGGUUCAAUCUAUACAACCCUCCUAUCCCUGUACUUCCUAUACCUGAUGAUAUACAUUGUAUAAAAUUACUUUGUGCAAAACAAAAAAGUGACACACAUCAAAUUUUGAAGAAGGAAUCGAAAAAUCCUUUGUUGGAUGAAGUUGAAGUGAUUGAAAUGAACGCAAUGUUCAAGAAACCGAAUAAAUAUAGACAGAUAAAGCUUGAUUUGUCUAAAUCAUUGCUUGGAGCAACAGUUCGAGGUAAAUUAUUUGGACAUUCAAGGGCAACUAACAUUCUAAAUGGUUUUGCAAAGAAUAUGAAGGAGGAAAUACCUGAAUCAAUCGAUGAAGAAGUAUCAAAACUAUUCGGAGUGAAAAAUAGUCAAAGUCAAGAAAAUGAUGAAUCUGAUUCCGAAAGUUCUGAAGGAAUUGUGUCUUUGGCUGUCAGAAUGACACAGAAAACAUUCUUGUCUGAUAGUAGCGCAGACAAAGAACAGGAAAACUUCAAGUUUUUGAGCGAUUCUUCGGAUAUGAGUGAUGAUGAGAUAGAAAAGUUGAUAAAUGAAGCGGAAAAGGACUUGGAGAACCAAAACAAGGAGAUUCUGCAGCAACAACAACAAUCUUUCUUAUCAGAUGAACCUGAUUCUUUCGCUGAUGCACAAAUCAGAGAAUCAAAGUCGUGGUUAUCGGAUUCUGAUGAAGAUGAAACACAAAAUAAUAGUAUAGAGCAAGUUCGCAACUCCUUUUUAUCGGAUAGCGACUAA